AUGUCUACUAGAAAGAAGGUUCUACUGAAGGUUAUUAUUCUUGGAGAUAGUGGUGUUGGCAAGACUUCUUUGAUGAACCAGUAUGUAAACAAGAAAUUCAGCGGCCAGUAUAAGGCAACCAUUGGAGCAGACUUUUUAACAAAAGAAGUCAUGGUUGAUGACAAAUUAGUCACUAUGCAGAUUUGGGACACAGCAGGUCAAGAGCGUUUUCAAUCUUUGGGUGUCGCAUUUUAUCGUGGUGCCGAUUGCUGUGUUCUAGUAUACGACGUAAACAAUAAUAAGAGUUAUGAAUCACUUGGUCAAUGGCAUGAUGAGUUUCUGGUUCAAGCUUCACCGCGUGAUCCUGAUAAUUUUCCUUUUGUUGUAUUAGGUAAUAAAGUCGAUGUUGAUGAGUCCAAGCGUAUGGUAUCUCAAAAACGUGCUAUGGCUUUUUGUCAAGCCAAGGGCAAUAUCCCUUAUUUUGAAACCUCCGCAAAGGAGGCUAUUAACGUCGAACAAGCUUUCCAAACAAUUGCAAAGAAUGCUCUUCAACAAGAAACGGACGUCGAACUUUACAGUGACAUUAGUGACCCCAUCCGUAUUGAUAGCGAUAACACUAAAGAUUUUAGUGGGUGCGCAUGUUAA